AGAACACCGGAAGUCGUGUGUGUUGAGCAGAGGGCAGUGUGACCGGCUGAGAGGGAAGGAUCAGGAAGAAGGGAGUGAAGAAAUCAGGAUUAACCGCAAACACGAAAAACACGAACCGGAGAAGAAGAAGAAGAAGAAAAACGAAGAGAAGAAGAAGAAGAAAACAACAACAACAAAACAACAAGAAGACGAAGAAACGUGAGUCUGAGUUUGUUUUCUUCACACUGAGUCAAACAGCUGCUGCAGCUGUCAAUCAAACAGGAUCCAGACCCAGCCAGGUGUGUCGAGGCCACGCCCCUUCAGCAGGAUGGAUGGAAGUGGCUCAGCAGGAAAUCCCAGCGCUGCCUCGUCCCACUCGCUUCCUGCCCACGCUGACGAGGAGACGCUGCAACCGGCUGAGGAGGACCAGCAGAGCACAGAGUCAGGCAGUCUGUCUGGGUCCCAGAAAGACCCGAGUCCGGCAGAGAAAGACCGGAGUCCUGCAGAGACUCAACAGACUGAAGAAGAACUAAACCAGACAGAUAUCACUGAACACGCAAACCAUGUGGAUCCUCUGACUGGAAACUCUCCUGCUCCAACGGCAAGUAAAUCAUCUGAGACCGAACCAGAUCAACCAAAACAAGAUCCUCCUCCUACAGAGCAACAACAAAAACAACAGAGGAAUUCAGGGGAAAAACUGAAACCAGAAGACUCUGCGGUGACAAAUCAACCAAAUCCAGACAAACCUCCUCCAGCUGAACCAGAUCAAAUGAAACUAGAUCCUUUUCCCACAGAGGAACAAAAACCGGGAGAUUCUUCUGCAACAGAAAAACAGAAAACAAACAACUCUCCUGCGAACGAUCAGCCGAGACCAGAUCAGUCCUCUCCAACCAAACCAGAUCCACUUUGUACAGAUCAAAAGAAGCCAGAGGAUCAUUUUUGCCUAAACCAUGAACAAAUGCCAGAUCAGUCUCAGGACCACCAAACCCAGAAGGGUCUUACAAACCAGAAGAGUGAAGAGGACCCCCCUCAACCCACAACGGAUUUAACUGCUCUCAGUUCAUCACUCCAGGAGCUGGAGCUCCAUAUAUCUGAGUCUGAAGACCAGCAGAACCACCAACACCCUCCUCCUCCUCCUCCUCCUCCUCCUCCUCCUCCUCCUCCUCCUCCGCCUGUGGACCAACAGAACCACCUGUCUCCUCCUCAGGUUUCAUCAUCGAUUGCCCAUCCAACCGAAACACACACCCUGGCUCCACCGACUCCGCCCCUCACCAUCGAGGCGUUCUGUGACCAGGUGCGGUCCUGCACUCCAGUUUCCUCUUCAGGUGAGCCCAAACUAUGCGGUUACCUGCAGAAGCAAGGGGGGCCCCUGAGGGCCUGGAAGCAGCGCUGGUUCACCUACGAGGAGAAGAAGAACCAGCUGUUCUACUACCGCACGCCGCAGGAUGUGAUGCCGCUCGGCCGGGUGGAGCUCAGCGGCGCCACCUUCACCUACCCGCUGAAGGCCGAGAUGGGCACCUUCCACAUCAAGACACCUGAACGCACCUUCAUACUCAAGGCUGUGACCCAGGAGCUGAUGCUCUAUUGGCUGCAGCAGCUGCAGGUGAAACGCUGGCAGCACAGACAGAUGUCCACCUGUCCAGACCCAACAAACAACAACACUACAGUCGACUUCCUGCCGGUGCUGAAGAGCCCUCUGGGUCUGGUAGGGGAGGAGGCGGCCAACGUCCCGUCACAGCGAACGCCGCUCGCCAACAUGUCGAUCAAACAUCCGCUCAUCGAGCUGCAAAACUCAGUCCAUAGUCUUCGUAAGAGGUCGUCUCAGGAGUGGAGUCAGAGUGUGUUUCAUGUAGAAGCUCCACCGUGGACUCCCCCGACCCCUGCAGACACCAACACCUCCACCCCCAGGACUCCUGUUGAGCCUCCGACGCCACCCACUCCCCUCCCAUUGGCUGAUCCAGCAGGUCAGGUGUCGCCGGCGGAGGGCAGGGAGUCCCCGUCCCUGUUUGAGGGUCGGAACAGGAAGACGAAGAGUCGCAGCUCGUCCACCAUGCCGGUCCUCCGCAGAGACACUCUGUCCUCGUCCUUAGACCGGACGUCCCGCCUCCAGCAGGAGAAACAGAUGCUGAUGGAGGAGGUCAAAGCUCAGAAGGAGCUGGUGUGGAUCCUCCACAAAGCCCUGGAGGCAGCUCAGCUGGAGAAGCGAACCUGUGCAGAGUUUUUGGCAGAGAAGGGCGAGCAGGAGCGUCUGGAGCUGCUGCGACACCGCGAGCGGCAGGCGGCCGACCUGCGAGGCCGGCUGGAGGAGGCGAAGGCGGAGGCGGAGGUAAUGAGGAGGAGUCUCGCUCAGAAAGACGCGCAGCUGGCCGAGCUGCAGGAGAACAUCAGGAUUCUGACGGAGAAGAACAACGCCAAGAAGGAGGUGAUCAUAAAGCUGUCUGAUCAGGUGACCGCCUGUCUGUCCGACCCACGGUACUCCGGCUCGCCCUCUGGUGGCGGUUUGGACUCUCAGACCUUCAAACAGUUUCAGCAGGAUAUCGAGAACCUGAAGGACGACAUCGAGGCGUAUAAAACCCAGAACAAGUUCCUCAACUCGGAGAUCUACCAGCUGACCAAACUGUGGAGGAACAGCUCGGAGCAGGAGAAGAGUCUGAUGGUGAAGUGUGCCUACCUGGAGGCCAGUAACUGUCAGGUGGAGAGCCGUUACCUGGGCGUCCUGCGGAAGCUGCAGGAGACCAAAUCUCUGGAUCCGGUCCAGCGCGGGGCCGUCCAGAAGAUGAUCGAGGAUGCUCUGAAAGGAGAGCUGAAGAGCGUCAUCAAGCUCAACACGGCCAGGGAUCAUGAUGAGUACGGCUUUAAGAUCAUUCCGGAUUACGAGGUGGAGGACAUGAAGCUACUGGCAAAGAUCCAGGCGUUGGAGAUCCGCUCACACAACCUGCUGCACCAGGAGGGUGUAGAGCGCCCCCUGUUGAGUCGCUGGGCUCAGUACCUCGCCGGCAGGUCGGACAAUGACCUCUGCCCCUCGCCGGAGCUCAAAAAUCUGCUGCGUAGUGGCGUCCCUCAGGAGUACCGGCAGAGAGUGUGGCGCUGGAUGGUCCGAGCCAGAACCAGGACGAUCAGAGACCGCCACCCACAGCACUACCAGCAGCUGUGCGAGAAGAGUCAGACGUCUCCACACCCGGCCUCCAGACAGAUCCAGCUCGACCUACACCGCACCCUGACAACCAAUCAGCACUUCUCCUCACCCUCCAGCCCCGCCCUCCAGCAGCUCAGACGUGUCCUAUUGGCUUUCUCCUGGCAGAACCACGCCAUUGGCUACUGCCAGGGCCUCAACAGGUUGGCGGCCAUCGCUCUGCUGGUCCUCCAGAGUGAAGAAGACGCCUUCUGGUGUUUGGUGGCUGUGGUGGAAACCAUCAUGCCUCAGGACUACUACACCAAGAACCUGGUGGCCUCUCAGGCGGACCAGCGGGUCCUGAAGGACUUCCUGGCAGAGAAGCUUCCCCGGCUGGCAGCUCACUUUGAGGAGCACAGCAUCGACGUGUCUCUGAUCACCUUCAACUGGUUCCUGGUGGUUUUUGUGGAGAGUCUGCCCAGUGACAUCCUGCUGCCGCUGUGGGACGCCUUCCUGUACGAGGGCACCAAGGUGAUCUUCAGGUACGCUCUGGCUCUCUUCAAAUACAAAGAGGACGACAUACUGAAGAUCCACGACAGCGUGGAGAUCUACCAGUACCUGCGCUUCUUCACCAAGACCAUCUCUGACGGCAGGAAGCUGACCGGCAUCGCCUUCAACGACAUGAACCCGUUCCCCGGCCGCCUGCUGAGGAACCGGCGAACGCUUCACCUGGAGCGCCUGCAGGGGGAGCUACGAGAGCUGGAGGAGCAGCAGAAGGAGUUUGUAGCAGAGAGCGUCGAACGUAAAGACAAAGAGAUCGACACCAUGGUCAGCGAGGACGACGACGACCUCUGACGAGUUUCAGUGCCAAGUACUUCAAGGACAUUUUAAGGCAAAUAUUUUGUGCUUUUAUUACAAUUCAUGACUUUACUUGAACACAGAUCUAAGUACUUCCUCUAGUACUACUGGCCUCUAACCUGGAUGGUGUUUUUAGUAUGUUACAGCAUAACUCCCACACUACAUUUAAACUAAGACUGAACUCACACACAGCUGCUGCAACAAGCAAAUUAAAAACUCUGCAUAAAAACACACACACAAGUCUGAGACACUGAGCUGUGUCAGUGUGAAUGACUGAAACUGUCAGCUAAACAGAUUUACACUCGUCGGUAUAAAUCUGUAUGAAUGUGCUUUAAACCUCACGUUGCACAGUUUUAUUUUUGAUUCAUGAUCCGCUUAUAUGAGAUGUUUGUCAACCUUUUAAGGGUUAAAGUUUUAUUUGACCUGCUAGAUUAAAAUAGUUUUGCUAGCAUAUUGUGUUAAACAGGAAGCAGAACUGUUAGCUCACAGUUGUUAGUCUCAGUCUUUCUGUACGGUCGUAAACACAGAUGUCAUGUUUUCCCCUAAAUUCACAGAAUUUAUGGCUCUUUAUUUUAUACUAAAACUUGUGUCUAAAAUUUAUUGAUUUGUGUUCUGUGUCAAACAGUGUUAAAUUAACCAAUGUGUUCAAAUGUGUCUGUCUGCUAUUCCUGUGGUUUUGUACAUAAAUGUUAUCUAAUUUAAA